GCGGAAAAGACAAUCAGGCCCCUUCUGUUUGCCGCUCGACUUUUGCCCGCCAACGCCAAUGUCCACAGCGCAUGUGAAUGAAUGGCGGAGUAAUUCUUCCCUAGAAAACGCCUCACUUCCAGUUGCUUCUCUUCAUCAACUGACCAACAAUCUCCUCCUCUUCGCCUAAGGCUUCUAAUCAACUUCAUUUCCCCAAUCUUUCCAAUACCUCAAACACCAGGAUCAUCACAGUUUUCUGUAUCUAAUUCUUCUUCUCCUCGAAAUUUGGCUUCAAAGAAACAGACCCACUUCUCCUUUUUCUUCUGCGCUUUGAAUUUGAAGUGGGUUUUUCUCCACGUCGUCGGAGUUGAGGUUCUGGGAAUCGAUUUUGAACUUCUUUGAUCCUCAUUUGGGCGAUAAUGAUCUGCCUGUGUACCUUGAGAAUAUAGCACCUUGAUUAUUUUGAAAACAGUUCAGUGAAUGGCCUUCUCGAUCAUGUCUGAGGAAGAUGAUCCUUAUCCAUCUUGGGAUAAAACAAGAACACCUAUUCGUAUUUUCUUCAAGGAUGCUAGACGUGUUUUUAAGUUGGAUGAACUUGGUCGGGAAAUAGCACAGAUUGCUUUGCCUGCUGCACUGGCUUUGGCAGCUGAUCCUGUAGCUUCUCUGGUCGACACAGCAUUCAUUGGCCAGAUUGGUUCUGUGGAGCUUGCUGCUGUUGGGGUUGCUAUUGCUUUAUUUAAUCAAGUUUCAAGAAUUGCGAUUUUUCCCCUUGUAAGUGUCACCACAUCUUUUGUUGCUGAGGAAGAUACUAUUGGAAGCCUUUCAAAUGAAGCAGAGGAUAAUAACGAUAGGGAGACAGGUUUAUUUACAAAUGAUGAAAAAAGUUUGAUGAUCCCACAGAAUGGGAAAGGUGAAGAUGCACAUCAUUCAAAAAAACCAUUGGAUAAGAAAUUUGACCAUGGUAAAGUUGAGAAUGGAAGAAGAUAUAUCCCAUCAGCCUCAUCGGCUUUGGUUAUAGGUGGUGUUCUUGGCCUCAUUCAAGCCAUCUUCUUGAUUUCUGGGGCAAGACCUCUUCUAAACUUUAUGGGAGUGAAGUCUGAUUCACUGAUGAUGACUCCUGCACAGCAAUAUUUGACACUGAGGUCACUGGGUGCCCCAGCAGUUCUUCUUUCUUUGGCCAUACAAGGGGUCUUUCGUGGAUUUAAGGACACAAAAACUCCUCUUUAUGCAACCGUGGCAGGAGAUGCAACAAACAUUAUUCUAGACCCAAUAUUCAUAUUCAUUUUUCGUUUAGGCGUUAGUGGUGCAGCCAUUGCACAUGUUAUAUCACAAUAUCUAAUUGCACUGAUACUUUUUUGGAGAUUAAUGGGACAAGUUGAUCUCUUACCUCCCAGUAUCAAACAUCUGCAAUUUAGUCGGUUUCUGAAAAACGGCUUUCUAUUAUUAAUGAGAGUCAUUGCUGUGACAUUCUGUGUGACACUUGCUGCGUCAUUGGCUGCACGCCAGGGAUCGACGUCAAUGGCUGCAUUUCAGGUCUGCUUGCAGGUUUGGUUGACAACAUCUCUACUUGCCGAUGGACUAGCUGUUGCUGGACAGGCAAUACUAGCAAGUGCCUUUGCCCAAAACGACCACGAUAAGGCAACGGCUGCAGCAUCACGAGUAUUGCAGCUGGGAUUGUUUCUCGGAUUGGUGCUUGCCGUCUUCCUUGGAGUUGGAAUGACUUUUGGAGCAAAGUUAUUUACUAGCGAUGUCGAUGUCAUACACCUUAUUGGCAUAGGCAUUCCAUUUGUUGCUGCAACGCAACCAAUCAACGCCUUGGCAUUUGUUUUUGAUGGCAUCAACUUUGGAGCUUCUGAUUUUGCAUACUCAGCUUAUUCCAUGGUUCUGGUGGCAAUUAUCAGCAUUUUCUGUUUGUUCAUUCUCUCGUCAACUCAAGGAUUUAUCGGUAUCUGGGUCGCCUUAACCAUCUACAUGAGCCUACGAACAUUAGCCGGAUUCGGGAGGAUAGGCACUGGAACAGGCCCUUGGUAUUUCCUCCGAAGAUAGGUUGGAGUUGUUUGUAUACAUGGAUAAGCUGUUGGUGAUGUUUCUUUUACAAAUUAUUCUCCAAGAAAAUACCUUUCGAUAUCAUUAUAUGUACAGAAAAGAAAGGCAGCAUGUUCUUGCACUAUAUGUAUUCAACAAGAAUUCAAGAAUACAAGAAAAUAGAAGAUGUAUCGAGUGGUUUGUAGCUGUAAAUGACAGUGUUGAGAUUGAGAUAAGUGUAAUAGCAAUAAAAAUAGUUUCAAAUUUUAUGUUAAUUUUGUUAUAUGCAAUCCUUUUACUUUGAAAUUAUUAUUUCAAAGGUCUUGUAAG